AUGGAAGGAGCUGCACAUGGGGUUCUGACAGGUCUUUGCAGUUCUUACCGGAUAAAAGCUCUGGAGUGGAUUAAGGGCUGUUUGCGUGUGUUUGCUACUUCAGGCACCAUUCGUGGUACUGCCUACAUCAAGCUGACCUCAGUGGCCCCUGCUACCACGGACUCAGCUGAGGCUCAGAGUACACUCAGUAUUGUGAGUGUCCCCCGGACAGUUGCUGGCACAACAAGCACCAUCAUCAGCCUUGCUGUAACUACAGAGUGUGAUCCAUUGCAGAGAGGUAGCUGGAACUGCCGCUGCCUUCCAGGUUAUUGGUGGAACAAUGACUUCUGUGCAAAUUUGCAGGCCUGUGAAGAUGGUGGCAUCUUCCAGCCCUUCGUCUCCAUCCUCCUCCCAUCCCCUUGCCAGUGUCUUCGCUGGACUUCUUCAAACACGGGUUACUGCCAGUCACUCUUCUCAGCCUGGAAAGUCUCAGAAAGUUCUACGCUGCCCCCCAAACAAGCUUCUGUGGGAGCCAACGAUGACUUGACUCUCUCCUUCAGCUUGGGAGAAGGAGCCACUAAUGUGAAGUGGUACUUGCUCAGUCCUGAGCGGAGUGAGGCAAAGGCGAUCCGCACUGGGACGGAAGUGAUGCUAGUGCAAAGCAGCUCAAAGGCUGUGCUGACUGUCUCCUCUCCCUCCCCAGACUGGGCUGGAGAAUAUAUCUGCCGCUACUGGAAUGGAAAGGCCCUACAGGAACUGAGGCAAAAGGUUACAGUCCCCCUUGUAGCAGCAGACAUUGUCCAGACCCUGUCCCAAGUCUCUAUGAACUGCAGUUCCCCAGAUAGAGUGUCGCUGCAGUGCUGCAUCCGGAACAGAGGGGUUGCAUUAAAUGCAUCUUGGACUCCUGGAGCUCCAAACCCAGUUAACUUGGUGGGCUCUGAAGACCCGCUCUGCCACUCCCUUGUCUUGGAUUCCUGUCCCAGCAGCGACACCAUGUACCAGUGCACGUUUGAAGGUGGAGGCCUUGGAUCCACACAAACCACUGUGGCUCUGAGCGUGAUUCAAGAUGGAGAUCUCUUUUGCGCCGGCGAGAACCUGCAAGGGAGGUGGAAUGUGACAAAGGCAGGGCGAGUGGCUGAGAUCCUGUGCCCUGAGGGCAGAGAGGGGAUGAUGCUGCGGAGCUGCUUCUCCAACGGGACCUGGGGAGCCGUUCAAAAUAACUGUACAAGCAAGGAGCUACGCUCCACGUUGCGCGAGGCUCAGAUAUAUCCUGCUCUACAGUUACUGCGGGCAGGGCUGGGCAGCCCCGAAAGUGAGAUCCCUUUCAUGAUUGAGUGGCUGAAGAUGGAGAUGAUGCCCAGCCACAACCAGCAGAUCUACCCUAUGGACCUCUUGACUCUGGUUAUCACCAUGGAUGUCAUCUCUCAGGUGGCUAUGGAUUCCAACAUGCGGCUAGACAGCACUUCUGUGACUGACUUGCUGGAUGCUGUCAACUGGAUGUUGGACUUAGACCCUGAGACCACAUGGUCUGAGGUCCAGGCUCGGAGGCAGUCAACUGGCUCCAUGUUCCUGCAGGCGAUUGAGGGCCUCACUAGCCUUCUGAUACCUCCAGCCCAGGAGCUCAGCUUCACCCUCCCCAACCUUGAACUCCAGAGCUCCAUGUUUAACUUGACUUGGGUUGAUGACUUCACCAAAACCUUUGACACGGAUCCACCGCUCUGCUCUCAUAUCUCCAGAGAAGAGCUGGAAGACGUGGUGCAAAGAGAGCACAAUAUCAUCGUCAGCAGCCUGGUACUGAAGAAUAUGGAUCGCAUCCUGCCAGGGCAUUAUGGGGCGGACUCCAGCCACGUCCUUGGGAGUUUAUUGAUGUUCAACACCAUCACACCCCAUAAUGGGAGCGUGAGACAGGUCGAUAUUGAGAUGAUGUUCGGCCUCUGGAACACAACCCGCAACAUGGAGGAGAAGCUGGCUGCCCAGUGCGUGUUCUGGGAUCACAGCUUGCUUGAGGGGAUAGGAGGCUGGUCUUCCCAGGGAUGCCGGUCUUCCAGCACAGAAAUGGUUGCUAAUUGUUCCUGCCAGCGCCUUGCUUCCUUCUCUGUCCUCAUGUCCUCCCACCUCAUGCCUGACAGCUUUGCCUUGACCGUCCUGAGCAACUUUGGGGUCUGUGUCACUAUCCUCACCAUUGCUGCCAGCCUGUUAAUCUACUGUCUUGUCUGGACUUCCGUGGUGAAGAACAAGAUCUCCUGCUUCCGCUACACCACCCUGGUUAACAUCUCCUUCUCUCUGCUGAUGGGGAGCUUGUGGUUUCUGGGUGUCUCCAGAGCCAGUCAUGAGAACAAGCUUUGUGUGGCUGUUGCUUUCUUCACCCACUUCUUCUACCUGGCCGUAUUCUUUUGGAAGCUGGUUCAGGCUCUCAUACUCUGCCACCAGCUGAUCCUUGAUUUCCACCACCCGUCCAUCAGGACUGCCGUGCCUGCUAUGGUCGCCGUAGGCUACGUCUGCCCUCUAGUCCUAGCUGGAGCUACGGUGGCCGCCUUCUUCCCUAGGCAGAGCUACCUCCAGGAAACCACCUGCUGGCUCAGCUUUCGCAGCAAAGCGAUCUACGCCUUCUGUGUUCCAAUCCUGGUCAUUCUGACCGUUAACCUCCUGAUCCUCUUUGUGGUGCUGCUCAAGCUGAUGAGACGGUCGGAGGGGCCCCAAGGAGAGGAAAAGAAGGCUCUGCUCAGCAUUUUCAAAGCCCUGCUGAUCCUCACACCAGUCUUCGGGGUGACUUGGGUGCUGGGGAUCAUCACCAUGACAGCGGCUGCCUCCCAGUCUAUCCGUUACGCAUUUGCUAUUCUCAAUUCACUCCAGGGGUUAUUCGUUCUGGUCUUUGUCUGCCUAAUGGACAAGGAGGUGUGGGAAGCUCUCCAGAAGCGCCGGUGCUGGUCACGCACACAUAGGAUAAAUUUAUUUCAGAUCAAAGAGUGAAGCUAUAAAUUCCAGACUCAGUGGCUAAAGAGGUUGGAAAGCUGGUGAGCUGAACAGCAGCCCUGCAAAGAGGACCAUGGACUGGCAGAGCCACUUACUUGUGAAGCCUUACUCUGGCCACUGGACUGACUCAUUGUAAAAGAAGAGAGAAUGUUGGAAACCAGAGAAACUAUUCUACACAGCAUGGGAUAGUGAUGCUACUCUUCCCUUAUUCUGCAUGUAAACACAAAUAUUGUUAUGAAUUGACACUCAGGGUACAAGAACUGACACACAAAGACUUGCUUAACCUAUAUAGAGAAGUGCCAACUGUCUUGGGAAACUCCUGGACUUCUGGAGAAUCCACCCUCCAAAGCUGCCAUUUCCUCUAGCAGAACUGAUUGCUGUAGGAUGGAGAUUAAAUUUGAAACCUUCUGCAGCCAAAGUAGAUAUUCUGCCACUGACCCAUACAGCUGCUGCAAUGAGCACAACUGUGAAAGCAGCAGACAAAAAGCAAGAACACCCACACCUUGACAUUUCUCGUUUAUUAAGGCUGAUGUGUGAUGACAGACAUUGUAUCCCAAUGCAGUUCAUAGCCCUCUUCCUGCUGACUCAACAAUUUUGUGCUAGCCUUCCACUGUAAUAGAUAACCUAGUUAAUAAUUUCAGUUCAAAUUACAGAUCCUUUUUAAAAAGCCUAAUCUUUCAUACAAGUUGUGUUAAAACCAGAACCAUUUAUCACUAGGCAGUCUCUUUCAGCAUUACUGCACUCCUGAACACUGUUCUCAGAUAGAGAAACUCACCAUUAUUUGUUGGACAAACUGCAGACACCCCUUACUGACAUAAAUAUAUAGAACUUUUCAGGGACGUAUGUGCCUACUCUUAAUUAGCUUUCAUAGGUAGUUAGAAAAUAUUUACAAAGGCCACCAGAAGUCCUUUUUUGCAAAGGAUUAGACACACUUAUGUUGCACAACUGCACUGGAGCGGCACCGUUGUUUCAGGAAAAGCCAUUUGCAGCCAUUCUUCGUGCCCUUACUGUGGGUAAAGUUCCACUAUCAUUGCAUGACCCUG